AUGGCGUCGCCGGCCUGCCCUUCUCCGGGCUUCGAGCGCGCCCUGGCCCGGCGGGACGGCUCGGCGGGGCUCCGGCUGGGGCAGCGCUCGGCGGGCGGCACGGGCUGCGUGGUGUGGGACGCGGCGCUGGUGCUGGCGCGCUUCCUCGAGAAGGCGGCCGGGGAGGAGGAGGAGGAGGCGGGCCCGGCCGGGCUCCCUCUCCGCCGCAAGGCCGCGCUCGAGCUGGGCGCCGGCACCGGCCUCGUGGGCCUCAUGGCCGCCAGCCUCGGGUACGUCGUCGCCGCCGCGGCUGGGCGGGCGGGAAGGCAAGGAGAGCGGCCGGGCCGGGCCGGGCCUCGCCUCAGCGGCGCCUCAGCGGCGCCCGUCUCCUUCAGUGUGGCCGACACGGACUGGCAGCAGCGGCAGCCUCCAGCCUUUAAUGAGAACAACCCCAGCGCUACCUGGAGGCGCUGGUGCCUUCUUGGGAUUGAGCAUGGGACCUUAAUAAUAAUAAUAAUAAUAAUUAUACAGGUGGUCUUCCCACUGAGCUAUAGCUCUUCCCUUAAAAUUAACAGUAAGAUUCCAGUCCUCAGGCCCAUCUAAGUGGUCCAGUAUUGCCCACUCUGACUGGCAGCAGCGGCAGCCUUUAAUAAUAACAAUAAUAACCCCAGCGCUACCUGGAGACGCCGAUGCUUUCUUGGGAUUGAGCAUAAGACCUGAAUAAUAAUAAUAUAAUAAUAAUACUACAGGUGCCCUUCCCACCGAGCUAUAACUAUAGCUCUUCCCUUAAAUCCCCUUAACAGCAAGAUUCCAGUCCUCAGGCCCAUCUAGUUGGUCCAUUUAGUUCAGUAUUGCCCACACUGACGGGUAGCAGCGGCACCCUGGAGCCUUCAAUAAUAACAGUAAUAACCCCAGCGCUACCUGGGUUUAACCCUGCGCUGUGGGUUAAACCACAGAGCCAAGGACUUGCCGAUCAGAGGGUCGGCGGUUCGAAUCCCCGCAAUGGGGUGAGCUCCCGUUGCUCGGUCCCUGCUCCUGCCAACCUAGCAGUUUGAAAGCACGUCAAAGUGCAAGUGGAUAAAUAGGUACCACGCCAGCGGGAAGGUAAACGGCGUUUCCAUGCGCUGCUCUGGUUCGCCAGAAGCGGCUUAGCCAUGCUGGCCACAUGACCCGGAAGCUGUACGCCGGCUCCCUCGGCCAAUAAAGCGAGAUGAGCGCCGCAACCCCAGAGUCGGCCACGACUGGACCUAAUGGUCAGGGGUCCCUUUACCUUUAUAUAGAUACUUCUACAGAGACAGGAUACUCCAUCUGUCGGGGAUUCUUUAGCUGAGAUCCCUGCAUGGCAGGGGGUUGGGUUGCAUGACCCAAGAAGUUCCUUACAACUCUACAAUUCUAUGAUUCUGUAUACCGCCCUUUGUCAACAGGCCACAGGGAAGUUUACAACAUCAUAAACUACUAGAAUAUUAUAAGACGGCCUUAUCCUCCAUGAAUUUGUCCAAAGUCUUUUUAAGGCCAUCUCACUAGUAGCUAGCACUCCCAUCUUGUGGUCCUGCACCUAGAGCUAAAGGGAUUGAGUCCAGGCUCCCCCCCCAACCCCCCCCCCCACAAUUGCACUGCUAAUCGCACAGAUUUAAUGUUUAUUACUAGAGAUUGAAAUAGUGUUCCAACAUGCCGAAGGGUUUUGCAGCAUUGUAUUAAUCAUUGCCACUUUUUAUUUUCAUUUAUAUCCCCUUUUUAUGCAGGAUUUAUUUAACCAAGUUAUUUUGGUGCGUGCCCUAAUUGUUCAUGCCUGAUUCAUUCCCACCAGAACUGAAUCUGUGUUGGCUCAUAUACGGAGUUUUAAGCAUAGUCACUUUGGGAAGAACUUAGUUGCAAACAGGACUUUUUCUAAGCUGAAUGAGGGAUGCUUAAAAACCUGUGCAUUGUGUGGUUUCUUGCAUAUUGUGUGUGUGUGUGAGAGAGAAUGAGACGGGCAACUAAUAUAGCCCCCCCCUUUUGUAGUGCAAACGUCACAGUUACUGAUCUCGAUGAAGUUCAGGAUUUGCUGAAAAUGAACAUUGAGAAUAAUCGGCAUCUUAUCACAGGUUCCAUUCAAGCCAAGGUACUGAAAUGGUUCGUAUGAACUUCUUGUUCUGUAAUUUAAAAUUUCCUCAAGAAACUGCAAACCAAUUUUAGGGAGUGGAAGUCAACUUUAACCAGAGACUGACUCUUAGGUCGGGCCGUGAUCUGUAGCGUGAAGUCACAGAUAGUCAUAUGAACACGAGCUUGCUUCCAACUUCCUCCAGCCGUUCCAUACUUUGCUUUGAACUGACUUAGCAUUUUAUGUAUAUUUGAAGCUUAGAAGGUUUUGCAUGGGGGUGGCUAAGCGUUGAACUAAAUUGGUAGGUCAGCAGAGGUAGAUCUGCCAGGCCCUGCAUCAUUCUGCCCCCUGCUGCCCUCCUUAUACCUUGGACUACAUCUCCCAUCAGCCCCAGCCAGCAUGUGGUCCAAAGUUUUAGUCCAUGUUAACAGAAUUGUAGAAGGGACUGCGAAGGUCAUCUGGUCCAACCCCUCCUCAGUGUCACCAGGUUGGUGAAGAUUGGCCUGGCUUGUGCUCUUGGGGUUGCCCAGAAGACUCUGCCACGCACACCUGCAUAACUUGUAGAUAGACUUGUACUUUUUUAUGCAUUUAAUCAUAAAGCUGCUUUGGGAGCCGCUGUCGACUGAACAACAGGGCACAAAUAAAACCAAAUGUUCUUUUAUGUAUUGCAUCCACCUCUGCUUAGGGGUGAAGAAGUAUCAGACUUCCUUCCGGCACCUGAUUACAUCCUGAUGGCAGACUGCAUCUACUACGAAGAGGUAAAUCACAUUUUUUCUUGUAGAUUAGCCUUUUAGCUGCAAGUGUGGAAUGAAGUUAAGUGGCAAGUGCUUUCUGCUUUACGGACAGUCACUGGAGCCGUUGCUCAAGACUCUGAAGGACCUGGCUGGCCCUGAGACGACCAUCCUUUGCUGCUAUGAAGAAAGGACUAUGGGGAAGAACCCAGAAGUGGAGAGAAAAUACUUUGAGGUGAGUCGUCUACCAGUGCAGAAUGUCUUGGAGGAGCCCUUGUUCCUGUGGAGAAAAGCCUGGAAGUAUCCCAAGGCGCUUUCUAGAGCGGGAUAUAAAAAUCAAACAGAAACCUGCCAGUGUCAUAGAAUCAUAGAAUUAUAAAGUUGGAAGGGACCCCAAGGGUCUUCUAGACUAACCCCAAGUCUUACUGCUUUUUAAAAAAACAAAAAUAUGUGCUGUGACACACAUUGAAUGCUUUCUGGCCACCUCGCCUCCAAAAGGAUAUUGUAGAUCUGGAGAAGUUCAGGAAAGGGCAACCGAAAUGAUCAAGGAGAUGGAGAAUCUCACAACAUUUGAGACUCUUUAGUUUAGAGAACGCGAUAGACCUCUAUCAUGGAGCGUCUCCACUCCCAUUGUUCAGCCUGGACACUGAGGUCCGGCUCUGAGGGCCUUUUGGCAGUUCCCUCCCUGCAAGAAGUGAAGUUACAGGGAACCAGGCAGAGGGCCUUCUCGGUAGUGGCACCUGCCCUGUGGAAUGCCCUCCCACCAGAUGUCAGGGAAAUAAGCCACUAUCUUGACUUUUAGAAAACAUCUGAAGGCAGCCCUGUUUAGGGAAGCUUUCAAUGUUUUAUUGUGAUUAAUGUUUCUAAUUUGUUGGAAGCCGCCCAGGGUGGCAAGGCCAGCCCAAUCAGAUGGGUUGUAUAUAACUAUUAAAUUAUUAUUGUAUUAUUAUCUAUGAAAUUACACAUGGUCUGAAGAAUGUGGUAUGGAUAGUUUUUCUGUGUCUUAGAUAGUGCUAGAAUCGGGGGUCAUCCAGUGGAAGUGUAUGGUGGGAGAGUCAGGACAGGCACAGCACAUAGUUAAACUACAAAAUGACUGCAGGAUAUUGUGAUGGCACCGAAUUAGAUUAGAUUCUAUGAUAGAUUGCUUUAGAAGGGGAUCAUAGAAUCAUAGAAUCCUAGAGUUGGAAGAGACCACAAGGGCCAUCGAGUCCAACCCCCUGCCAAGGAGGAAACACCAUCAGAGCACUCCUGACAUAUGGUUGUCAAGCCUCUGCUUAAAGACCUCCAAAGAAGGAGACUCCACCACACUCCUUGGCAGCAAAUUCCACUGUCAAACAGCUCUUACUGUCAGGAAGUUCUUCCUAAUGUUUAGGUGGAAUCUUCUUUCUUGUAGUUUGGAUCCAUUGCUCCGUGUCCGCUUCUCUGGAGCAGCAGAAAACAACCUUUCUCCCUCCUCUAUAUGACAUCCUUUUAUAUAUUUGAACAUGGCUAUCAUAUCACCCCUUAACCUCCUCUUCUCCAGGCUAAACAUGCCCAGCUCCCUUAGCCGUUCCUCAUAAGGCAUCGUUUCCAGGCCUUUGACCAUUUUGGUUGCCCUCCUCUGGACACGUUCCAGUUUGUCAGUGUCCUUCUUGAACUGUGGUGCCCAGAACUGGACACAGUACUCCAGGUGAGGUCUGACCAGAGCAGAAUACAGUGGCACUAUUACUUCCCUUGAUCUAGAUGCUAUACUCCUAUUGAUGAGGCAAUCAGGCAUGGAGAAGAAAGCUAGCAAUGGCUGAAAACGUCCUCCAGAAUCAGAGGCAGUGUGCUGGGGAACAGCUGUGGCCGAGGGCUGUGGCGCUCAUACCCUGGUUGCGGGCUUCCCAUAGCCAUCUGAUUUGCCCCUUUGAGAAGCAGGAUGUGGGGCCAGGUGUGCCGUCGAUGCAGCCGCUGGGCUCUCCUUCGGUUCCCAGGAGUCUGCGUGGAAGAUUUCUGUGCUGUGCUUCUGAGGUUAUGGUUACAUAAGUGGUGCAAUUUCUCUGGGAGGCUCAGAUUGAAUGAGGCCAAGGACACGUAGCUGCACUCUUUUAUUCUUGUGCAAUUUUAAAUUGCAGCUUCUUCAGAGGGACUUUGAUCUGGAGAAGGUUCCCUUGGAGAAGCACGACGAGGAGUAUCGGAGCGAGGACAUUCAUAUCUUCAUCAUCAGAAAGAAGAAAGCGGUAGGUGGUCGCUGGAAAGGCACCAGAGAUGGACCAGCUUAUGCUCCAGAAAACCUUCCAUUUUUUGGAGCCAUAACAAUAUAAGGUUGCUGUACUUGUGGUUGAAUGAUCCAAUCCUGCCUAGAUGAUGGUUUUGAGUGGAAGCCCACCCAAAUCUCAUUUCUGUGUUUCCUCCCUCCUCCACCUCCCUGCAGCCCUGUAAAGGAUAAUCAUUGGCUCAGCACGGGUGUCAUUCUGUCUUCCUCCAAAUCAGAGGUUCCUGAACUUAUUUGGCCUACUGCCCCCUUUUCAGAAAAAAAAAUACUCAGUGCCCCCCUGCCAUUGGCCAAAUAGGCAGGUAAGCUGUGAUCCACUUCCCAGGCCUGGUUGAAGCCGAAAAGGGUUCCCCCAGGCUCGGGAAAACCCCUCGGCUCCAGCAGGGCCACCACAUCCGGGGGGGGGGCAUUGUUGCUGUCCCACAACGGUGCACGACGUGGCAGUAAGCCUCAUUACACAACAGAUGAAACAUGCACUAAUGGUUUUUCAAAAUUAUCUUCUUUAUGCUUCCACCGCCCUCUUAUUUUUAUUCAACGCCCCCCAAUUGCACACAAAGCUACUCCCGCCCUCCUGGAUCAUUCUUGCGCCCCCCCCCCCCGGGGGGGCAUUAUCACCCACUUUGACAAAACACUGCUCCAAAUCAUAGCAUGCAAGAUGGGAAUCAGGCUUAGGACUGCAAACACCCUUCCUCGCCUCCCUCCCUACUCAGAUGCAAACCCCCUUUCCCAUAUGGGCCCUUAUCAUAACCAUGGUUUUACUAACCAAAUUAUUUUAUAACUAUGUUUUAUUAACUCACUUCAAACCAUGGUUUCAGGUUACGGUUUCUGAGGGAGCCCUGGUUAGCGCUGGUGCGGAUUUAGUGUUACAAACUGAGAUAUGAAAGCCAGGAGCUAAAUGCCACCUUGAACCUAGGUUAUGGGCACCACAGCGGAAUGUCUAGGUGCACUUUUUUUUAAUAACAAGAAUACAAAGCUGAAAAUGAAUGAGCUGCAGCUAAAAUCUUACGUUCCUUUUUCACAUGGUCUAGUCCUUCCCGUGCUCACCCCCCUAAUAUUCUUAUGAGGGUCCCUUCUCCAGUCUUCAGAGAGCGGCUGGAAGUGGGGAGGCAGAAAAAGGUCCUCCUUUUCUUCCAGCAGUGGCAGUUUUAAUCUGAAAUCUUAGGCUCAGUACUGCGCCCAGAGCUCAGAAACUGCUCGCAUUAAUGAAAUCCCCUGUCACAAAAUGUGUCUAGAACAAUGGGAGUUUUGAACACUGUGUGGAUGUAACAAAGGUAGCUUAGGCCCAGGAGAGCCAGUGUGGUGCUUCUAGGUGUCGUUAGAUCAUGGCUCCUCUCAGCCUCCACAAGUAUCUUCUUGGAUGAUGAGACUUUCCUAGGCCAACAGCAACUGGAAGAUGCCACAUGAGCUAUCCCUGGCUUAUGCUGACAAGCAGGGAUUUGUGUUAGAGAGAGAGGCUGGAAGCCUCUUUAUAAACAAGAGUUUGUAGGGAGCCGAUGAGAAGAAACUAGCAAAAUAGUUUGCGCCAAGGUAGUUAGUGGUUUCUUGAUGUUUUUCAGAUUUUUCCAUCAUGA